AUGACUGACUUCAUGGAAACAUCAGUUCCUGCUCCCUGCACGAAUUCACAAAUCCCAGUCGAUCUUUUUGUGUCCAAGAAACAUCCUGGCUUGCCACGUGGUGAAUUGGGUUUCGUUGAUUCUAAUGGUAACCCCGUUUACAAGGUCACUCGUCAAUCUCUGACGCCUUCAUCUAAUAAGCGUGUGUUGCUUGACGCCGCCGGAAAUCCUCUGUUUGCUUUGUGCCGUAACGAUAAGGGAUGUUGGCAAGGAUACAAGGGUGGUGAUGCUGGGGAGAAGGACUUGGUGUUCAGAGUGAAGAGGACGAAAAGUAAACUUACCAGAACUGAGUUGGAGGUUUUUCUUGUUGGUGAGAAUUCAGCAGAUUCAACCUGUGAUUUCAAAGUGAAAGGCUUCCCUUACCAAAGAUCUUGCACAAUCUACAUAGGCAAUGACAUAGUUGCUCAGACUAGUCUGAUGUACAAAUUGCACCAGCUUUUUCCAAAGAGGGGACAGUUUCGAUUGACUAUAUUUCCCGGAUCUGUCGAUCAUGCUUUGGUUGCGGCCUUGAUUAGUAUAGAGGAAAAUGAGAGUGAGAAUGGAAGUGAGGAUGAGAUUGAGAGAGAGAAUGAGAGUACUGGGAUGUGUUCCUCAACCAAACCAGGACAACAAGAUAUGAGCAAAUGA